ACGAGUCGGCGGUGUGAGCGAGUAUCCAUCUUGAACCGCGGUUGUGGAGCUUCGCCAAUAAGCCGGGUGCUACAAAAUCUGUAAGCAUGGCCGAUGAACAGCAGUUCAUGGAGACCUCCGAGAACGGAGAGGAGAUGAACGGAGCUGAGGCCCAAAUCGACUCGGGAGAGACCCAGAACGGAGCAGAAGGAGGACAGAUCGAAGCCAGCAAGUCCGAGGAGGACGCCGGCAAAAUGUUUGUUGGUGGUCUUAGCUGGGAUACAAGCAAAAAAGAUCUUAAAGACUAUUUCUCAAAGUUUGGCGAGGUGAUGGACUGUACUAUCAAAAUAGACUCCAACACAGGAAGGUCACGUGGCUUUGGUUUCAUCCUUUUCAAAGAAGCAUCAAGUGUGGAUAAGGUAAUGGUGCAAAAGGAACAUAGGCUAGAUGGGCGACAGAUUGAUCCCAAGAAAGCAAUGGCAAUGAAGAAGGAUCCUGUUAAGAAAAUAUUUGUUGGAGGCCUUAACCCUGAAACAACAGAAGAAAAGGUUAAGGAGUACUUUGGGGCUUUUGGAGAGAUUGAAACUGUUGAGCUUCCCACAGAUCCAAAAACAAGCAAAAGGAGGGGCUUUGUGUUCAUUACUUAUAAGGAGGAGGUGCCUGUCAAAAAGAUCCUAGAGAAGAAAUACCACACUGUUAAUGGAAGCAAGUGUGAAAUUAAAGUUGCCCAGCCUAAAGAGGUCUACCAGCAGCAGCAGUAUGGUGCCCGUGGUGGCUUUGGCGGUCGUGGCAGGGGACGUGGUGGCCAACAACCAAGUUGGAACCAGGGAUAUAACAACUACUGGAACCAGGGCUAUGGCAGUCAGGGUUAUGGCUAUGGUGGCCAGCAAGCCUAUGGCAGCUAUGGAGGUUACGGAAACUACGACUAUUCUUCUGGCUACUACGGUGGUUAUAGUGGUGGAUAUGACUACAACCAGGGCAAUGCGAGCUAUGGGAAAACUCCAAGACGUGGAGGCCACCAGAGUAGCUACAAGCCAUACUGAUCACAUGUAGUGCAGGCCCUAAGUAUUUUCAAUCCAAGAACCCGUAACAGCAGCAGAAAGGUCAUUCAAGAUGGAACUCUACUUUUUGGUAUGAUGGGACACAUGCUCCAUUUGUACAGGACAAUGGAUGAAUGGGGAAACUGUCUCUUCCACAAUUUUUAUUUUAUUUUGUCCACAUUUCCAGUGAUGGAAGUGUAAUUUUUACUGUACUUUUUGGUACCUUUUUUCAAUCUAUUAUAUUGUAUGGUUGUAUUUUACAUGUCAACUGAAUUUACAGCAUUUAAAAAUAUCAUGAGCUAUCGAAGCUUUUUGAAAUAAAACCUUUGUGAUUUUUUUCUGGUGUUUCAAGAUUUACUGUUGCUGAACGUUGCAUGCCUGCAAAACUGCACAGAGGGGAGGGGUAAUGAAGGUUUUUUGGUUUUUGUAACAUUGUCUAAUGUCAGCAUUUGAGUUGCAUUUUUGGCAUUUGCCAAUUAUUUGUUUUCACUUUAAUUUCAUAGCUGUUCUAAUGGUAACCAGUAAAUAUUAAACUUUGCCUGCAAAAGGAGUUUAAAGGCUUUUGAUGCCUUGAUUAAAUCUCAUUCCUUUAGUGUAAUUGAUAGAAAUAAACAUUUUGUUUAAUA